GCCGAAGACCCUUAUCAGCAUUACUUAAUCUUUGUAAGACAUCGCUUUUAGGUUGUCAGCACCAAAAACAAGGCCAUGGCUGCUCUACCAUUCUUGCUGGUUGUGUUGGUGACAUCGUGUGUGGCUGAUAACAACUGCCUGCCGUACGAUCCCGAACCAUCUUUCCAUGAAAAUCAAUGCUAUGUUCACCACAGUUUUCGUGAACUGGACGGACUCCUUACAGGCGCAAGCACGUCAUCUCACCAGACGGUGUACAUGUCGGUCAUCGUCAUGCACAGGUACAUCCACAAGUGUGACUCAUUUGAAAUGGCAGUCGGAAGACUGUUUCAUAUUGGACCUGCGGACGUAGGUCGGCGGCAAAGCACCAGUCAAGAGUACCUUUACUACGAGAGAAUGCUCCACCCCAAGCUGGAAACCAUUCGUGAAGAAAGCGACAUCGCGUGUGUGCAAGCGCUCAUCAACAAAUACCAUGACGCUGCGGCCAGGUUUUGGGCUUCACGCAACGGGAUAGAGUACACGACUGUCGAGGUGACAACACACAGCACGACAACACAUGCGCCAGUGCCUACAACGACAACCGCAGCUGUCACCUACCCUCCAGUCAGGUGCUGGAUCUGCAGUGGCCUAGACUGCCUGCUUCAUCCUGCCUCGCACACUGGGCAGCUGUGUCCAGCGGACCAAACGUUCUGUAAGGUGACUGUGACAGACCUGCCCAACGACCGCAUUAUUAUCAGAAGCUGUGCAUCUGCGAGCGUGUGUGACUUCUUGUACCUGAGUCAGACUCGGAACAACCCUGAGUGCAUGGACGUGGAACGGAGGAUUAUGGCCAACAACACCCAGUGCGAUUUCUGUUGCACGGGAGACAACUGCAAUAAAGCACCUUCUCUGAUUCCUGAAGUUACGUCCCUUUACUCGUGAUCGGGGAAAACCUGACGGAUUUCCAUCAUGUAAUUCAUUGACAAGUCUUUGAUGUGAACUGAUUCGACAGUUUUAUUUUAGACUCGUCAGAAAAUAAAACACUGCAUAAUUU